CUGUAAAUAAAUCGGCAGUUACAGAGAGCAUAGCCGAAAAACUGCGCUCUAAUGUUAGCACUAUAUUAGGUUGCUCCAAUGCAACACCAAUUAGGACCCACUGUGAUACGGGGUGCCCAACGGCCUACUGUGAAAUGUGAAAUCGUUUCAACCGAGACACCGGCGUUACGUGUCGGGCCCGCAGUUACCGUUCGCAAAGUCAAUGCUCUUCAGAAGUUACUUCCAAGUAUAACCGUAAAAACAGUACCCGUCUCGUUCUGCGAUACGGUAGAUGUUGCUAACGAGAUUACACCAAUGCCUUCUGCAAGUCAGGACGUACCUACAUUCAAAUCUGAAGCUAUUAUUAUAAAACCUAUUAAACCCCUUGCUAAGAUCAAAAAGACGCCUCAAUCGGUCACAGUAGCAGCAAUAGAAAAUGAAAGUGAGAAAAUUCGCGCUAAUCUAAGGACGAUAUUGAAUUAUUCAAAUGCAACUCCUAUUAAGGCUCAUUGUGAUAUGGGUUAUGCUUGUUGUUACUGCGACAGUAGGCACCAGAGCGCUGCCGAUUUAAAACAACAUACUAUAGACAAGCAUGAAGGCUUAAUAUUUCUGAAAAACCAAGCUAUUUCUGGUCUACUCGUCAAACUUGAUAUAACAUCCCUUAAAUGUGACAUUUGUCGUACAGACAUAGAGUCAUUAGAACUGCUCUUGACCCAUCUAAAAGAUACGCAUAAGAAGAAAAUUUACACUGAUGUUAAGAACCAAAUACUGCCUUUUAAGUUUGAUAGCGAUGGUUUCCGAUGUUUCAUGUGCCUAAACGUAUUCACAAGUUUUAAACCCUUGAAUGAGCACAUGAAGAAACAUUACAGAAACUACAUUUGUGAAAUAUGUGACGAAGGAUUUGUCAACAAAAAGACUUUAUAUAUGCACAGUCGGAUCCAUAAACUUGGCGUUUUUAAAUGCGACCAAUGCUCCAAAGUCUAUGACACGCUGCUAAAGAAAAAUAUACAUCAAAAAACAGUGCACGAGACGCAUUUAUUUAAAUGUGGCUAUUGCCAGGAUACUUUCAAAUAUCGUAGGCAGAAACUAAAGCAUUUAGCCGAGGUUCAUAGCGUACCGUCUGCAAUACAUACCUGCCAAGCUUGUAACAGACAGUUUCUAACUCCGCGAACUUUGAAUCAUCACAUACGGAAGGUACAUUUGAUGGAAAGGCCUCACAAAUGUUCUCAAUGCGAUAAGGAUUUCUACACCGCGUCACAAUUGAAUGACCACAUGGUGAAACAUACUGGGGCGCGCGAAUUUCAGUGCCACCAUUGUAUGAAAUCUUUCGCAAGGAACAAGGCUCUCCACGAACAUAUGCGUAUUCAUGCCAACGAUCGCAGAUUCCAAUGUCUACAUUGCACCCAGACGUUCGUACAGAAAUGUAGUUGGCGCUCGCACAUGCGCUCCAAACACGACGAUGACGUCUAAUAUAUUAUAUGAACAUACACUCAGAAUGCCGAUAUAACUUAAUUUAGCACCUCUCGCUGAAAAGAAACCUCUCUACAGCCUCUACAUUUAAAAGCUUUAUUUAAAUUUUGUCUAAAGUAUGCUUUCAUCAUAUAUACAAAUCAUAUGAGAAGAAUUCGGUCAAAUUCAUUAACACUUCCUUUU